UUCUCUUUCAGUUCUUUAAAAACUGAAACACCCCUAUCAGUUGCCAUUUUACUUUGGACAAGGCUUGACUAGAUUUGUACCUGUCAAAGCAAUAUUUGAUGAGGAGGCGUGAGUGCAGUUCCCUUUAGUAUUUUGUAAAGAAAGUGUGUCCUUGUUCAAAUUUGAUCGGAGUUAUCGGCGCAAGGGAGCAGCGGUUUGCACAAGAAGAGCUCAUCUCGGACGUGAGUAUUGCGAAUGCUAACAGAUGGUAUAUGCCAUGAAUUGUAAGGAAGCUGCAGAGAAGGUUGUCUUGUCAUGGUCGCGAUUCACCUCAGCUGGCCAAACUACUCUACUGGAGACCCUGAAGGCAUUCAGUCCUAUGUCAGAUGACCUUUUUGACAGUGAAAAGGAACUGGCCACUUUUAUUGAGGGACUCAAAGAUGAAGGUCACAAGCCUACUGUACUUAAAAGUAAGGAUGUCUAUGGUUACAGGUCUUGUACUUCAGUACUCAGGCCUUUAGUAAAGACGCAGAGUACUCUGGACAUUGCUACCUCAAAGGUUAAAAAGACUGGCAAAAAGAAGAGUCGAAAACCCCUGGACAAGAACACUGAAAUCAACUAUGCUUUGUUAAGUGCAGCAGCGAAAGUCGUCCUGAAGAAUCAACCCAAGAUUCUUUUGACAAAUCUGUCAAAGGAGUCUCUCAAACAGACGGUCCUCUCAAAACCACCGGACUUGGCUGUUGGCCCUGUCCAGAUGCAGUCAUACAUAAGACUGACAAACAUAAUUGGACCCUCUACAGGCCACACAGCAAGACUGCAGUUCCACACAGGGUGGUCAGAAGAGGUAACGGUACCCAACUCUCAUCGGCCACCAUCUCUAACAGGGACACAAGCACUGCAUUUGGAAGGUACCGGAAACUCCAAAAAAUCAGUCACUUUGAGGAGAGUGAACUUUGUGCCUUGCCCAGUCAAUAUCAUUGGAGUCCCUGUUCCUGCCAUGCUGCACAACGACCGGUUUUUGAAGGAAUGCAACAGAAUGCCUUGCUGGAGGGACCAGAAAAUGAGAAGGACUGAUGAGGCUGAGGACAACUCUGUGAAGAGGCCCAGAAAUGGGGUCUGGCUGGUCAAAGAGCAGGAAGACCUCUGACUGAGCCAGAGCAACCGGAGGUUCGAGGUGAAGGUUGACUCAAUCAUAGACAAGGUGAGGUAAGCCCAGAAGAUCAUUCGGUCAGAGAUUCGACCACUUAUUGCCUACCCAAUGUGAACGGCCGUCAAGAGUCUUAGUCCUUUUGUCCUCCAUGUAACAAACUGUUUAAACAUGUACAUCUCAAAUCGAGACGGUGCUUUGUCUUGGCUGUGCUCCGUUUGGGGGGAUUGUUUGGGAUACUUUUCUGAGAUUGGGAAAAAAUAAUAUUUAUGUUUUAAUAUAUGUUUACAUAAGAGGAUGCUGGUGUAUUACCUAAACAUCCAAAAAUCUGGUUUGUUUUGUCUAACACUGCACAUAGUAUAGGCCACCCCUUGACUGAUAAGGGAAGGAAUGGAUAAGUGGUGAGUUGAACCUACAGUGUGUGUGUAUAUAUAUAUUUUUUUCUUUUGAACCAUUAUGAAAUGUAAUUUUCUUCUGUUUUAUAAAUGAUACACACAUCUUUGACAAUGAAGUCAUGUAUAACUAUGCAGCAUUCACUUGCUAGAAUAUUACAGCUAUUUUAUAUACAUUUCUAGUCAUGUCAUUACUGUAUUUUGGAUAAUUGGGUCUGUUCAAAUGGUGUGAUUUUAUUUUUUAUUUUAUUUUCAUGUGUUAAGAAGGUAGUUUUCUUUUUGAAUGUGAUAAGUUAAGAGCUCCUAUACAUCUGUUAAAGGAUGCAUAUGGAACAGGGCAAACAACCACAGCGUAGCCUAUUCACAAGCAAAAAAGGCAGUAACUGGUCAAAUGAGCUGUUUUAUUUAUUUUUUUCUUCAUGAAAUACAUGUGGACAAGUAUCCUGCCUCUUGUGUUUUGGAGAAAGUGAGGGGCAUGUUAGCAGUUACUGUGAAACAAGGUAAAUAAAAGCAAUCUUUCUCAGUUCUACACCAUGAGCAGUUAGUGCCUUUUUUGCUUUGUAGGGCAGAAUAGUAAUCUUAUUUCUCCUAAUAAAAAAAAUAAUAAAUUGAUGUGCAUUUGCAUAGACAUUAAAAAAACAUUUGGUUUCCUGCCAAUUACUCGUGCUAGCACUUGGGGAACCACUCAAUAAACUUGUGGCGUAGGACUCGCUGCGUAGCACUGCAAACAGUGCAGCAUUUUAGAGCUAUCCUAUGGAGAAUGUUUUUUUUUUUCAAAUUACAUAUCACAAUGUUUUGGUUAAUUUACAGAUGUCGAUAGUGAUGACAGGGUGAUUUGCAUAAUAUAGACUUUGCUGAAAUGUGAUCAUAACAGCUGUAAUAUAACAGUAAUUUUGUAAUAAAAUAUGAGACGCUGGGAUGACUUGAUCAGGGGUAUGUUCAUUCAACAAAUAACCCGUUUCCUGUCCAAAUCAAUGCCCAUACGUCCAAAAGGUUACUGACUGGGAGUGUAGUCAUAAGGUCUGAAUGCUAACUGCCACAAUCUCAUAUUAGAAAACAUGCCAUGGUCUCUGCAUAUAAAACUCCUAAUGAGCCUAUUAUUCAAGCCAUUAUUGAGGGAACAGAACAGCACACGAAUAAGGCAGCAAGAGAGAGGGAAGUUAGCAGCCCAUGGGACCACCAGGUGAAUAGGCGCAUGCAUUUUCCACCUCUCAAAACCCUGCUAACAAAUGUUCCCACAACUUCAGAGGAAGUUCCCUUAAGAGUCUACUGUUUUCAUAGGAAGGUUCCAGUGAAGUGCAAGGACUGUUUCCAAGAGACCAUUCCGUUAAUGUCAAACACAACUUACCCAGAACGUGAUUACCAUGUUCACUGAAUAUUCAAUGUUCUAGAUAUGUUUUCUAAGGGUUGGGAGAAUAUUCUAGUGUCCCACCAAACAUACACAGAACAUGGCAAACUCUAAAAUAUGAAUGUUCUAGACAUGUUUCAUUGUAACGUUGCCAGAACAUUUGUCAGUUGUCCGGAAGUCGCCUGAUGAUCCCAAAGAAACAUUCUCCAAAACAUUUGUUCCAUCAUUACACGUCACCCCAUGUUACUGUAACCGAGCCCAUCAAGAUUCUGAUAUUUGAACCACCGAUCCAUUAACUCUCAACCUCUUGGUUCACGGCAUUCCUAUCGUCCUGCUACACCACCAUGUCUGUCAGUUGUGUUAAUCUGACUGUUCUCUGAUUUGAUUACUUAUUUUAGGGAUUUGUGUGUAGUUGUCUAAUGUUGGUGGGGUAUAUGACCCUGUUUUUAAUGUUGUAGUUUUUCUUGAGUAUUUUUAACAGAGCUGAGAUUUACUUAAGUGCAUUCACCCUAUUAUUUACACCUAGACUGUUUCACAUGUACACAAGUGCCGAGGGUUUGGGUUUGCUUGUGGACAGGGCCUUACUAUACUGGCCCAAUAAGCACAUGUCCUAGGGAUAUCCCUUAUUGGAGAGUGGUUAGUGUGUUUGUCAUUGGUGCUGGUGGCAUGGGUUCGAGACCCACACUACUCUCAUUCUUAGCAAUAUAUGUUAAUGUAAUUAUUUGACCUUACUGAUCUAAUUAAAAUCAGUUUCUCAUUGAAAGAUGUGAAUCUGUAGGAUUACCUCUUGAGCACAUAUCAGUAUUUAUUAAUUCUAUAUAGCUGAGCAUCUCUCCAAUGUUUUUCUUGAAAUGCACUUUGAAGUAAAUUUCAGCUCGGACUCAGGGAUGGCUAACCCAGGAGAUCCCUUCAAUCUCCAUAGCGUUAGGUAAAUCUGCUUGUAGUUUUUUUUGCACCUCCGUGAUCUCAAAGUUUUCAUAAAGUUGGUGGAUUUGGUGCCUCCAGUGCACCGCUGUCACUCAAUCCAAGUGUCUGGGUUUUCGCUCCUUCCUUGUACUUGAUGUAUUAAGGUCUAUAAUUAGUAAGGAACUAAUUAGACCCACACCUGGUUGUCUAGUGCUUAAUUGAAAGGAAAAACCUGCAGACACUAAAGCCUCCAUGGAUUAAAAUAUGCCUAUUAGCAAACGCUUUAAUCCAACAUGAUUUAGUCUUGCGUGAAUAUAUUUUGCAUACAGGUGGUCCUGGGAAUCAAACCCUCAAUCCUGGCAUUGCAAGUGCAAUGGUGUACCAAUUGAGCUACAGAGGACUAUGAGUUUGACACCCCUGCUCUAGGGCAAUUCAGGUGGAUGUUAAAGGGACUUUUUACUGAAUGUUUGUUUUAUAUAGAUGUGCUUUGCUUUUCGUGUUUUAUUUGUGUGUACAGUGUAUUCGGGAAGUAUUCAGACCCUUUAACUUUUUCCACAUUUUGUUAAUUUUCAGACUUAUUCUAAAAUGGAUUAGUGUUUUUCCUCAAUCUACACGGUACCCCAUAAUGACAGCCAAAAUAUUUUUGAGGUGUGCACAUUUAUAAAAAAUAUGACAUUUACAUAAGUACUCAGUUCUUUGUUAACGCACCUUUUUGGAAGUGAUUACAGCCUCAAGUUGUCUUGGGUAUGACGCUGCAAGCUUGUUACACCUCAAUUUGGUGAGUUUUCCCAUUUUCUUAUCAGAUCCUCAAGCUCUGUCAGGUUGGAAGGGAAGCGUCGCUACACAGCUAUUUUCAGGUCUCCAGAUAUAUGAUUGGUUUCAAGUCCGGGCUCUGGCUGGACCACUUGAGGACAUUGAGACUUGUCCUAAAGGCCUGAUUGGUGGAGUGCUGCAGAGAUUGUUGUACUUCUGGAAGGUUCUAUCUCCACAGAGGUGUUCUGUCAGAGUGACCAUUGGGUUCUUCGUCACCUCCCUGACCAAGGCCCUUGUCCCCGAUUGCUCAGUUUGGCCGGGCAGCCAGCACUAGGAGGAAUCUUGGUGGUUCCAAACUUAUUCCAUAUGAGAAUGAUGGAGGCCACUGUUCUUGGAGACCUUCAAUGCUGCAGAAAUGUUUUGGUACCCUUCCCCAGAUCUGUGCCUCGACACAAUCCUGUCUCGGAGCUCUACGGACAAUUCCUUUGAUCUUAUGGCUUGGUUUUUGCUCUGACUGUCAACUGUGGGACCUUACAGAGACAGGUGUGCCUUUCCAAAUCAUAUCCAAUCAAUUGAAUUUACCACAAGGGCUUCCUGAGUGGCACAGUGGUCUACGGCACUGCAUAGCAGUGCUAGAGGCGUCACUAGAGAUCUGCGUUCGAUCCUGGGCUGUGCUGCAGCCGGCUGCAACCAGGAAACCCAUGAUGCGGCGCACAAUUGGCUCAGCUUCGUCCAGGUUAGGGGAGGGUUUGGCCGGCUGGGAUGUCCUUGUCCCAUCGCACUCUAGCGACUUCUUGUGGCGGCCAGGCGCAUGCACGCUGACUUCGGUCACCGGCUGUACGGUGUUUCUUCCGACACAUUGGUGCAGCUGGCUUCUGGGUUAAGCGAGCAUGUGUCGAAGCAGUGCGGCUUGGCGCAGUUGUUUCGGACGCAUGGCUCUCGACCUUCGCCUCUCCCGAGUCCCAUCGCUGCAACUUCUGUACGGACAAGACUGUAACUAUCAAUUUGGAUAUCACGAAAUUGCGGAGAAAAGGGGUGAAGUACCAACAGUCAAAAGAAAUUAUAUAUAAAUGCAUAUACCAACAGGUGGACUCCAAUCAAGUUGCCGAAACAUCUCCAGGAUGAUCAAUGGAAACAUGAUACACCUGAGCUCAAUUUCAAAUCUCAUAGCAAAUGGUCUGAAUAGUUAUGUAAAUGAGGUAUUUCUGUUUUUAAUUUUUAAUAUAUUUGCAAACAUUUCAAAAAAAAAAAAACGUUUUUCGCUUUGUCAUGAUGGGGUAUUGUGUGUAGAUUGAGGGGGAUUUAAAAAAAAUCCUGUUUCUAGAAUAAAGCUGUAACAAAAUGUGGGAAAAUUCAAGGGGUCUGAGUACUUUCCGAAUGCGCUGUACAUCUAUCUCCAUAGUAUAAUUGUUUAUUGAUAUUUGACAGGUCAUUGUAAAUAAGAAUUUGUUCUUAAUUGUUUUACCUGUAUAAAUAAAGGUGAAAUAAAAAUACUUAAACUUUUUAUGAUAUUGAUUCACGAUAAACAUUAAAUCAGGCUGAAAUUACCCCACCAACAUAAGACCACUAUACAGAAAGCCCUAAAAUUGUGUCAUCAGCGAGAGUGCAGAGCAAGCUUCAAACAGGAUGCACACCCCACGGAGCACACGGUAAGAUCAGUGACAUUUUUUUUUUGCUGUUUUGAUGUUAAGGUUAUAAAAUUGUCAUAAAUAAUGCAUUGUGACGUAAAUGUGCAUACUAUGUACUGGUGCAUAAAAAUAAAGUUUCCCAUAUUAGGUUUCAA